AUGGAUCUAGUCCGGAUUUUGCUCUUAUUCACCGUCAGCCUUUAUACUUCCGUCUUCUCAUCCUCCGCACCUCACCUUCCUCAACAACGACCCAACGACAUAAUGGAUCCCGAACCAAACUCCCACCCUGAUACCUCCAUGUUUAGCCUUCUCGACGACUCCUAUGUCAAUCAAAUCCGAACUAAAUACGCCGAAGAACGCCUUCGCCGUCUCCACCCCAAGGGCAACGCCCAAUACGCCAAUCUCGAUCUCGGCCCCAAUGUCGAAACUGAGACGAAAUCCUACACAAGUAUCGACGAUGACGACUUUCCAGCCUGUGAGGAAUUUAAAAACGACACUGACAACGUUCCCGAAAUCGAUCACCAACGCAUCGUGAUCGUGGGUGCUGGGUUUGGCGGGUUGCUGAAUGCUGUGAGGCUGUUGCAGACGAGGGACUUUGAACCUAAUGAUAUUUUGUUUCUGGAUGCGGCUUCGGGGUUUGGGGGGGCAUGGUGCUGGAAUGAGUAUCCGGGGUUGAUGUGUGAUAUUGAGAGUUAUAUCUACAUGCCUCUGUUGGAGGAGACGGGGUACAUGCCUUCUCACAAGUACGUGUCGGGUGUUGAGAUCAAGGAGCAUGCUUACCGGAUUGCUCGUAUGUAUGGUCUCUACCAUCAUGCCUUGCUGUGUACCAGUGUGAGCAGCUUGGUAUGGGACGAGGAUGAGAUGAACUGGACUGUCAAGGCCGUGCAGCACCGUCACCAGGGUGUCUUCCCCUUGACCUUCACGGCUGACUUUGUCAUCCUAACCGCGAACCCGGUGAGUAGUCCCAAGUUGCCCAAUAUCGAUGGUAUUUCGGACUUUCAGGGCAAGAAGUUUCACACGGCACGCUGGGAUUACAAGGCCACCGGUGGUUCUGCAGACCUUCCUGUCCUGCAGAAGCUGCGCGACAAGAAAGUUGCUAUUAUCGGUACCGGUGUGACUGCUGUGCAGGCUGUUCCUCAUCUCGCGGAGUGGUCUCAGAAACUGUACGUUUUCCAGCGCACGCCCUCUGCCGUGGAUCGACGUGAUAAUCGCCCGACAGAUCCCCAAUGGUGGGCGAAGGUUGUUUCGCAGGGUCCAGGCUGGCAGGCAAAGCGCAUGGAGAAUUUCAACAACUUCGUCAGCAAUGCGCCCAACUUGCCUGACGCCGAUCUUGUGAACGACGAAUGGAGCCGUGCCCGUUCUUACAGCGCCCUAGUCGGAGGUCCCCAGAACCGGAACCCAGGAUACCUCAAAGAAAUGGAAAUGGUUGAUCUCCUGCGCCAGGACAAAAUCCGCAACCGCGUCUCCCAAGUCGUCGAGCGCAAGAAAACCGCAGAUCUCCUGAAGCCCUGGUACUCCGGCUGGUACAAACGCCCCUGCUUUCAUGACGAAUACCUCCAAGCCUUCAACAACCCGAACGUGGAACUUAUCGACACCAACGGCAAAGGCGUCGUCUGCGUCACUCAGAAAGGUGUGGUCACGAACCAAAUCGAAUACGAAGUCGACGUACUCAUCUUCGCGACAGGCUACAACUUCAGUAGCCAAAAGACCCCUGAUGCUCGCUCGGAUAUGUUCAUUUCAGGACGUGGCCAAAAGUCAAUGCGCAUGGCUUGGAGGGAUGGCGUCGCAACGAUGCACGGAUUGACGACUCGCGAUUUUCCGAAUCUCUUCUUCCCCGGGCCGAAUCAAGCUGGCAUCACAGCUAACUAUACCUACUUCCUCGAUCAGAUGGCGCAGCAUAUUGCGUACAUUAUCUCGAGCGCUACUAGAGACCAGGGUCCGUAUAAGGUCACGGUUGAACCAUCUAUCGAGGGUCAAGAGGCGUGGUCCAGGGAGGUUACGAUGCGCGCCGAUGGUCUGGCGGGAAUGGUUAACUGUACACCUGGAUACUUUAAUAUGGAGGGAGGCUUUGAUAGGCCCAAGGCUCCGGAGGAGGUGCUCAAGGCGGCGCGAGCGAAGCACUGGGGCGAGGGAGUGAUGGACUGGGUGAAGAUUCUUGAGGACUGGCGGGAGAAGGGAGGAAUGGAGGGAUUGGAGGUGAAGCGAUUGAAGAAGGUUAUCAUCAUGCACGACUUGUUCUAUUUCUGA